AUGGCGCAAGGCAACGGAACCAGCGGCGGGAAGCAAGCACCUGCACCAAAAUGCAAGAAGGAGCUACAGGCCUUCCUCGGAGCACUGAACUUUUACAACAGGUUUUUGCAAGGAGCAGCACAUACCUUGGAGCCACUGUAUCGAUUACUUGACGCGCAGAGCAAGUGGAAAUGGACAGGGCGAGAGGCGACAGCCUUCCAACAAGCCAAGCAGUUGUUACAGUCAUCGGACAUCCUUGUGCACUAUGAUGUCCAGAAGCCUUUAGUCAUGGCCUGUGAUGCAUCUCCAUAUGGUCUUGGAGUGGUAUUAAGUCACGUCGAAGCCGAUGGUAGGGAGCUACCAGUAGCGUAUGGGUCUCGGACAAUGACAGCCGCCGAACGGAAUUAUGCGCAGAUCGACCGUGAAGCCUUGGCAAUUGGAUUCGGGAUCAAGAAGUUUCAUAAAUACGUUUAUGGACGUCACUUUCGUAUUGUAACAGACCACAAGCCCCUACUGGGACUUCUACACCAUACAAAGCCUAUUCCGCAAGUGCUAUCACCUAGGAUGCUACGGUGGUCGUUGAUGCUAUGUGCGUAUGACUAUGAACUGGAGUACAGAUCUGCCAGUCAACUAAAAAAUGCGGAUGCCCUCAGUCGGCUGCCUGUGGCACAGAAGGAAGUUCCAGACGAACCACUGUUCGAGGUCCGGAUGUUGGAAGCGGCACCUGAGAUACCUUGGGAUGCGAGGAAGAUUGCGCAGUGUACAAGGAACGACCCUGUUCUGUCCCGGGUGAAACACUGGACCGUGAAUGGCUGGCCCCAAGGCAAGGUGACUGAACAGUUCAAGCCAUACGCUCGACGUCAGCAUGAGCUGUCCGAGUACAGAGGUUGCCUCCUGUGGGGGAGUCGUGUUGUUAUCCCAAGACAAGCCAGGGACCAUGUGCUGGGGUUACUGCACAGUGUGCACCCAGGUAUUGUUCGCAUGAAGGCACUGGCGAGAAGCGUGGUAUGGUGGCCUGGCAUCGACGACGAAAUUGAACGAAAGGUGCGAACCUGUUUGCAGUGCCAGGAAACAAGGCCAGAUCCGUUAAGGGCAAGGCUGCACCCUUGGGAAUUUACCAGGAACCCGUGGGCCCGGCUCCAUAUCGAUUUUGCGGGUCCCUUCCAAGGGAGGUGUUUUCUUCUCGUCGUGGAUGCCCACUCCAAAUGGUUGGAGGUCUUUCAGUUAACGUCUUUGUCUUCAGUAACGGUGUGUGAAAAACUACGAACAUUAUUUGCAACGCAUGGUGUCCCUGAUACCAUCGUCUCGGACAAUGGUGCAGCUUUUACGUCCCAAGAAUUCCAAGAAUUUAUGAAGCGAAAUCAAAUUCGACAUGUCAGGGUGGCGCCUUAUCAUCCGUCCUCUAAUGGCCAGGUGGAACGAAUGGUGCAAGAAACCAAGCAAGUCCUCAAGCGCUUGGGUAAAGGCGACUUGACUACAAAGCUGUCACGGUUUCUUUUGAGUCAACACACACUUCCCCACUCCACGACUGGAAAGAGCCCAGCCGAAAUGCUAAUGGGCAGAAGACUUCAUACGGUGCUGGACAGGCUUCAUCCCGACAUGCUGACUGAGAUGAAAGACAAACAGGAAAAGCUCAUGCAGAGUGGAAACCAAAGACUUCGAAGUUUUCAUCUGGGGGAUGCUGUUUUUAUUCGGAAUUAUCUUUCUGGUCCUAAAUGGCUGCCAGGAAUUAUUACAGACAUCACAGGACCAGUGUCGUUCAAGGUACGCACCGUUGAUGGACGCCUUUGGAGACGUCACUUGGAUCAGAUUCGUCAUCGUGAGUGGACUGAAUAUUACGAGCCAAUGAUUGAGCUGCCGGUCCCAGACCCAGUGUUCCAGCCGCAGUCUUCUCCACGGCUUCCGUUACCACCAGAUGUACCUUUGGCAGAACAAGCAUCGUUGCCCAUCAGCUCUGAAGAAACUACGACGGGACAUGGCUCAACAGUAGUUCCUGUUCCAUCUUCACCACUGCCUACCGAACGAUCAGAAGCAAGUUCUCCGGUUCCUGAGCGCACGACUCGUCCGCAGAGACAACGACGCCGACCUGACUACCUAAAAGACUAUGUGGUCUAGGAGGGGAGGAGUGUUAUGUAUGUAACUGUGAUUGAACGUUAUGCUCGUUAGGGGGCCUUACUUGUUAUGUCCGCCGCUAGGGUGACUGUGAUAAAAGGCCGGACCGCUACGUGAUGAUGUUUUUUCGACUCCAAGCUAGCAAGCGGCUAGCUCUAUGUAUGUACCAUGUAGUGCCUGUGGCACACCACGAAUAA